CCAAACAAAGAACCUAUAAUCCGAAACACAGGAAAAUAAAUGAAAGGAGGAGGACUAACGUACGCAGCGUGUCUCGCAGCCGUAGCCACACUCUUAACCUGCGCACUCAGCCUCCACGCCGACCCCGAUUUCGACCCCAAGAUCCUCCAGGUCACCGGGAACCGCCGCAACCACCACCUCCUCGGCACGGCGGGUGAGCACCAGUUCAAGAGCUUCAUCCAGGAGCACGGGAAGGAGUACUCCACUCGCGCCGAGUACCUCCACCGCCUCGGCGUCUUCGCCGAGAACUUGGUGAGGGCGGCGGAGCACCAGGUUCUGGACCCCACCGCCAAGCACGGCGUCACGCAGUUUUCUGAUCUCUCGCCGGAGGAAUUCGAGGGCAUGUACAUGGGGGUGAGAGGCGGCUCCGCGCAGCCAUCGGAGAAUGGAGUGGCUGCGGAGGAGAUCGAGGCGGAGGACUUGCCGGAGAGCUUUGAUUGGAGAGAGAAAGGGGCUGUUACUGAUGUUAAGAUGCAGGGCAGUUGUGGUUCUUGUUGGGCAUUUAGCACAACUGGAGCCAUCGAAGGAGCAAAUUUCAUUGCAACUGGGAAGCUUUUAAAUCUUAGCGAGCAACAGCUGGUUGACUGCGAUCAUGCGUGUGAUGCCAAGGAAAAGAAAGCUUGUGAUAAUGGAUGCUCGGGUGGCUUAAUGACGAAUGCCUACAAGUACUUGAUUGAGGCCGGAGGCAUAGAGGAAGAGACUUCGUACCCUUAUACUGGGAAACGCGGGGAAUGCAAAUUCCAACCCAACAGUGUAGCUGUGAAAGUUGCAAAUUUCACCACAAUUCCGAUGAAUGAGAAUCAGAUCGCUGCCUACAUGGUCCAUCACGGCCCCCUCGCAGUGGGGCUGAAUGCGGUUUUCAUGCAAACAUACAUUGGUGGUGUGUCGUGCCCGCUUAUUUGUGGCAAGAAAUGGAUCAAUCAUGGUGUGCUUCUGGUGGGGUAUGGGUCGAAAGGCUACUCCAUCUUGCGAUUCGGGUACCAACCGUACUGGAUCAUCAAGAACUCGUGGGGGAAGCGGUGGGGAGAGCAUGGGUACUACAAGCUAUGCCGCGGUCACGGUAUGUGUGGGAUGAACACAAUGGUUUCAGCCGUUAUGACCUCCUAGUUAGGUAAUAUUAUUACAGUCAGUUUGUGUGGCAUAAUGUAAUUUAAAGCUUAUAGUUGCUCAAAAUUCUCAAACUUGUGGUGACCAUAUAUUGAUUUUAAUAUAAGGAUUUUGUUAUUUGA